CGUGAUCAUUCAUGGCAUUCAUGGUUAUACAUCUAUAUGCUUCUAGCCUCCAGUGUCAUAUCUUCUCUCCUCUCCUAGCUCAGCUUCUUUCUCAUACAGAUAAUUGUCUUCUAGUGUCCAAUGUAGCCUAAUUUUCCGUCGCUAAAUAUGCUUCUGGAGCAAUAAAUAGCGCUGUAUUCCUCUGCCACCAAGGCUCGAUUGACUGUGUAUCGCCCUGUCAUGAACCCGUGUAGAUACGGUCUUCCUGGUGAUGGCUCAUUGCUUCGCACUUUCCUGAUUCGGCAUCACCCAGUGAUGUCGAUAAUCGAGGAACGUCCACUUCAAUGCAACCGCCAUGCUUGCUGCGUGGACUGCACGAGGCACACAAAUCCUUCGUUUAUGGGUAUCCAAUCGUGCAGAAUAACAUAUAUCCUCGAUGGCGCCCGUCCAUCCACGACAGUUCCACUCGCUCGCUCACCCGGGGGCUGCAAAAGGCCCACCAGCAACACCGGUGCUAGUCACGACCUUCAUCAGUCUCAAAACAUUCUUUCAGCUGUUCGCAGGGACAUUCGUCAUAUUCUUCGCGGGCGUAUUUUUCUGGAAAAUUGGCCGGUUUCUGCGGUUCAUCACUCGGAAUAGGGUUCUUGGGGAAGGGAAGACAACCACUACUCGAUACGCAAGGACGUGGUACGGUUGGGUCCCUUUAACCCGUCACGAGGCCAACAAGGAGGUGUUUAGGAGGUGCUUCGGCAGAAUCCGCGAGUGGACGGCCUGGAAAUCGUCGAGAGCGAAUUAUCGUUGGAUCUGGUGGGAUCCUGGGCAGAAGGAGCUUGAGAAGUAUAACCGGAGCAAGAGGCCGCUGCGAUGGUUACCAACUUUUUUAAGGAGUUAUGAAUGUACCCCUGCGGAUGUUAUCUGGAAUUCUGGACCCCCGCGUGGAUAUCGUUUUACGACUUUCGAAGAAAAGGAUUCGAUGAAUGCGACGGGGACUUCGUCAUUGCGCAAUGGACGGCCUUUGAUGUCGGGCGGCCUGCAAUCGCUCUCAAGAAGAUCAAAGCCAAAAAGCAGGAGAUCUGGGCACGAGCUCUUCAGAUCGGAUGAAUCAUCUGCGAUACCAGCAGUCAAGCAGGACUCCUACGACUACAGUUCUGUGCGAAGAAGAAAGCUGCCCGUGCGAGAUUCAAAGCCCGAUCAAAGCAACAUCUUUCUCUAUCGUGGAAGCCAAACAAGCUCAUAUAGAGGCAAAUAUACAAGUCUACCUCGUUUGACACGAAAACGACCAAGGCUAAGUCGAGCGGUUUCCCUUCCGUGCCUUGUCAACGGAAGACAGCGACAGGGAGGGUACCGCGUAUUAUCCGACUCAUCAUGGGAAAAUGAGAACAGUGGAGACUAUGAAAAUCCUGCAACAGUCUCUAAGUCACACCUCUCGCUCAAAUACAGAGCUUGGUCGACGCGGAUGCAAGUGCAGACCUGCAAGCUGGUCCGUCGUCGGCCGCACCAGUCGCAAGGGCCGCCAGGGAGUCCCAUAACAGAACUCUUGGCAAGCUUCUCAUCGGAAGAAAACACGUCUGUCAAAAUAUUUCGAGGAUUGAAAAGAGGGAUUAUUGGAACAUUUUCGUUUGAGCCAAAUAACCACAUUUCGGUGAGAUUGAAACGGGGUUAUUCCAGACAGCGAACCGCAGAGAGUGACGAUCAAUGUAGCCUCAUAGACUCUCCCCUCGGCCAGGAUUACUCCCCGUCGAUGGCCAAAACAUUUCCACUUAGAAAACCCAGAUUGCGGGCUUUUCGAGAUAUAGAACAUUUAAUUUCUUCACUGGAAAACCGUGACAUUAAAGACCUGCAGAGAGCACGCGCAACGCUGAACCAACAGAUCACUAACCACGCUGAAUCUUGGAGUACACUCCGCGGUUCAACUCCAUGUGGAGGCCUGAGCGAUUGGGAGGUGCAGCUGAUGCACAGUCUGGACCGGAAGUUGGAGUGGCUCCUCAAUGAGGUCGAUCCAGGCCGAAAACCAUUUCAUUUCCCAACCCUCGCAAAUCACUGGUUGAACAGGAAAUGCUGGGUUGUUACCGAUCCCUCCUCGCGCAUUAAUCAUGAUUCAAAACGAGAACGGGGUGAUCCGAGAUUCAACGUUCCAUAUCCAGAGCCAACAUAUGCACCAAGGCCGAAGUACUCCAUGCGUGUUCGAAGACGGGCCAGGACACCACGAAUAGAUUCGUGGAGAGUUGCCGUCAACCGACAGCGAAAAGAAGCAGGGCUCAAUGAUGUCAUACGAGCCGUGGAGCUAUUCGACAGUUCUGCCGAUGAGCCUCCAGACGGGAAAGUUGACCCUGCUUGCUGGAUUCUGAGGAAGCCUCCGCAGGGAUUUGGAAUGUCGACGAAGCAGAAGAAUGCAUUCUACGAAGGUGGUGCAGGCUGGCAGGAAAAGCUCGGAGAUUGGCAGAAGGUUGAUUGUCGAUACCGGAUUCACAAGGCAGUCCAUGAAGGCAAAGUUAAUAGGAACAGAGCAAAGGAGAUUGCGGCCGGGAUUACCAAAUACUACCGUGUUGCUUCCGCCAAAAUUUCAAGAAAGCAGCCAUUUCCAGAAGAAUAA